AGAGAGAGGAAAAAGUUCUGAACAAGGAGAGGCAGGACUACUCUGACGGAGCCCCUGCAGUCUCACUUUCUUAUGCCUCUCAUACACUUUCCCUGCCAUCCCUUUCUCCGCGUUUCUCACUCCGCCGCACCGCUUUCCGCCGCCGCCGAGAGAGAAAUCCGACUUUUUUCUACUUAAGUGAAAGCACCAGCGGCACCAUGGAGCUGCUCUGCCUCGAAAUGGACACCGUCAUACGAGCUCGUCCCGAUCCCAACCUCCUGUGCGAUGACAGGGUCCUGCAGAGCUUGCUGACCAUCGAGGAGAGGUUUCUACCCCAAUAUUCCUAUUUCAAAGGCGUCCAGAAGGACAUCCAGCCGUUCAUGAGGAGGAUGUUGGCCACUUGGAUGUUGGAGGUCUGUGAGGAGCAGAAGUGCGAGGAAGAAGUUUUUCCCUUGGCCAUGAACUACUUGGACAGAUUUUUAGCCGUGGUACCCACCAAAAAGUGCAACCUGCAGCUGCUGGGCGCAGUCUGCAUGUUCCUCGCAUCCAAAUUGAAAGAGACUCGUCCACUAACUGCAGAGAAGCUUUGCAUCUACACAGAUAACUCCAUCAGACCUCAAGAGCUGCUGGAAUGGGAACUGGUGGUGUUGGGGAAGUUGAAGUGGAACUUGGCAGCGGUGACGCCGAACGACUUCAUUGAGCACAUUGUGAGGAGGCUGCCGCUGCCCGAGGAUAAGCUGGCACUUAUACGCAAACACGUCCAGACCUUCAUCGCCCUCUGUGCCACAGAUUUCCGAUUCGCCAUGUACCCCCCCUCCAUGAUUGCUACAGGAAGUGUGGGAGCAGCGAUCUGUGGCCUGCAGCUGGAUUCCACUGACCAGUCCCAGUGGGGCGACAGCCUGACAGACCUGCUGGCCAAAAUCACAAACACAGAAGUGGACGUCCUGAAGGAGUGCCAGGAGCAGAUUGAGCGUGUGCUGGUGAGCAGCCUGCGUGAGGGCCGGCAGCAGCAGCAGCAGCAGCAGCAGACGCAGAGAGGCCCCAGCGACAAAGGUCUGGACGAGCUGGACCAGUCCUCCACCCCCACAGACGUCCGGGAUGUCAACUUGUGAACCACCAGAGGGCGACGUCGCACGGGAUUUCCAGAAACACAAAAAAAAAAAGAAGCAUCAUGAAAAAAAUUCUUAAAAGCUGAAAAAAAAGAACAAAAGAACAAAAAAUUGUUAAAAACACAAGCCCUUUAAAAGAAAGAGAACAAUGCUUGCUAGUUUUUUUUUUUUUUUGUAGAUUUUUUUCUGUUCUUCAAGUCAAAGAGAAAAAGAAAACGCCUGCCCACGAAAAAAAUAUUGAUUUUCUAUGAUGUUUUAAAGCAACAAAUUAGAUUCAAGAUGAAGCUCUGUGGUGCCUUGGAUAUACAGAAGGGAAGCCAAUCAUAUUUGCAUUCUGCCUUUGAUUGUAUCGUAUGAUCUUUAAAUUAUACCUUAACCAUAGCGUGACACAUGAGGCUGUUAUGGUAGAAGUUGUGGAAACCAUUAAGAAAAAUAGCAUACAUGGGAUCACAGCCGGGCUCAAGAAUUCUCUCCUUCUCUCUCUCUCUCUCUCUCUGCGUAUAGUUUUAUAUGAGUAUUAUCACUAUUACAUGAGUGGGCCGGUGUGAGGGGGGGGGGGCACGUGUCCCGGCCCCUCGACCACCUGAAGGUCCACGUGUGUGUUUGUGUGUUGACGAGACAGACGGAGGAGGCUGUGAGAACAUUAUGCUAAAAGUCGGCGGGUUCCCAAUUCCAGGGAAGAGAUGGGAUGGUAAUAAUUAUUAGUAGUAUUCGUAAUAUUAUUAUUAAUAUUAUUAUUGGACAUAUUUUGGAACUGAGUAGUAGAGAUCAAUAAGCUCCUUUUUUUCAGGCUGCUUGUGUGUGCGUCGGAUUGUAGGUGCAAGCGGCUGCGUGUGUGUAUGCCCGUUUGCAUGCAUGCCUGUGUGUGUGUGUGUCUACAUGGUGGCGUGUGUGUCUGUGUGUGUGUGUGUGAAUGUGAUCUUGUAUCUAUAUUAGCAGUGUGCAUCCUACAGCGUGAGGCACUUAAGCAAAGUCAAGUCGUGGACUCACAUGUUCCGUGUUGAACGAGGCUACACACACUUUGUCCAUCAGUAUAUAACAGGGCAUCUAUGCUAUAUCACUGCCUUCGUGCAUUAGCGCUGCGGCUCGUCGAGCGUCGGCGUGUUCGGACUCUGAGUGAGAAAGAAAACGAUUCAGCGAAGGGGGAGGGGCCUCCUGCUCAGAGCGCCUCCCCCUCGGACUCACAGGUCACGUGAGCUGUUGUUGGUUCUAUUACUGCCGUUCAGUUAAUGACAUAUUACGGAUACUUUGCUCUUUUUCGCGUUGUUACGAUAUGGUGUUUCCUUUUCCUCAGUCAUGAAAGGCUGCUUUGAGUCGGGACAGAGGGGCGGAGACCUCUCGCAUGUACAGAAAAUUAAAAAAAACAACCCAGGAGAGGGCGACGUCUUGAAAGCAAGCGAUGCCUUUCUCUAGAGAAAAAGGCCGGAGGACGUUAGACUCCUCUGGUGUCAGAGAGCCGGGAGGGAACAGGGUGAGGAGGACAGAGACGGGACAGGAGGACAGAGACGGUCCCUGUGGAGCUGCACACGGGACAGGAGGACAGGAGGACAGGCCAGGGAGGACGUUAGAGGUGACGACAGAACUCUCUGUUUGUCUGGGUUUAGCUUCUCGUGGACGAUAUGAACGGACACGCUCAAGAGUUUCCAUUCACACAGAAGUGAAACGAGGAACUGAGACACUGCCAGAUCAAGCGAGGAUGACCUUUUCUUGGGGGUGGGGGGGGGGGUGUUUUAGAGGAUGAAGAGAUACUUGCGUCCAGAGUCCCACACGGGGUUGUGUGUUCAGCUCCCCUAUUUGAUUUCAAUGGCAAAGCACUUUGAGAACAUGCUCCCCAGGAGAUGAGGUAAAAUGGAAAAUUGUGUUGGGUGGUGACUGGAGGUGAAUGGAUGUUUUCCUUUUUUUUUUUGUUUUAUUUUAUUGUUUUUUUAUUUUCCUUGUUAGCCUUUUCUUUGGUUUACUUUGUAGGGCUGGUUUCCCAAUCAUCAGACACACACCCCUGUCACGCAAGAGUCACGUUCAGACGGCUUCCACACCAGCUACGAGACGAGAGGACAUUCCGAUCAUAAAACAUUCCGACCAGAAGCCGAGUUGACUGGG